GAAAUCAGGCACUUCCGGUGCGUUGUGUUUUCUCAGUGUGCUUAACGCAAGCUGAAAGUUACUGAGUGGAGAGAAGACAACGAAAACAGCGUCAAACAUGACAGAGGAGGUGCAGAAGCACUCGGUUCACACACUGGUCUUCAGGUCUCUCAAACGAAGCCAUGACAUGUUCGUGUCCGAUCAGGCCAAACAGGUCUCUCUGGACGAGAAGAGUCACAAGAUGAAGUUGAAUGUUAAGUUGAGAACGGAGUACAGCCCGGUGUUGCACAUGCCCGUCCUUAAAGAAGGGAAAAGCAAAGUGGCGUCAAACGCCCUGGAUCCAUACGACACGAUGGGAUAUGCCUCAGCCGAGAGCGAUCCAGAGUACCUGAUCACAGGAACACACCCAUACCCAUCUGCCCCAGGAGUUGCCCUGACUGCUGACAAUCGGCUGCAGAAGAUGCCAAGCGAAGCCGCAGUUCACUCCAUGGCACUGGCUCUGCCUCCGUCUCAAGCAAGGCAGGACAUGGCUCGCACUGCAGCGAGUGUAGGUGAUAUCCACAGACACGCUGGGGCAGCGGAGCGAUCGCAACCACCACAACACACAAUGGCUUUAAUGGAAGCAGGAGGAACAAAGAACUCUACGCUGAUUCCUCGAAAAGCCCCGACAAUGCCCAAACCACAGUGGCACCCACCAUGGAAACUCUACCGGGUGAUCAGCGGUCAUCUCGGCUGGGUCAGGUGUUUAGCGGUGGAGCCCGGAAACCAGUGGUUUGUUACUGGAUCUGCAGACAGGACCAUAAAGAUCUGGGAUCUGGCGAGUGGGAAGCUGAAGCUGUCUCUAACAGGUCACAUCAGUACAGUAAGAGGCGUGGCCGUGAGCUCCCGCAGUCCGUAUCUGUUCUCAUGUGGAGAGGAUAAACAGGUCAAGUGCUGGGAUCUGGAGUAUAACAAGGUUAUCCGUCACUACCACGGUCACCUGAGCGCUGUGUACGAUCUGGACAUCCAUCCAACCAUCGACGUCGUGGUGACGUGCAGUCGUGAUGCUACAGCCAGGGUUUGGGACGUUAGGACCAAAGCGAAUGUCCACACCCUGACCGGUCACACCAACACGGUCGCCACGGUGAAGUGUCAGAGUGCUGAGCCCCAGAUAAUAACAGGUAGCCAUGACACCACCAUCAGACUCUGGGAUUUGAUCGCUGGAAAGACGAGAGCAACGCUGACCAAUCACAAGAAAUCUGUGCGAGCGGUGGUGCUGCAUCCGCGACAAUACACGUUCGCUUCAGGAUCUCCGGACAACAUCAAGCAGUGGAAAUUUCCAGACGGGAACUUCAUCCAGAAUCUGUCGGGACACAACGCCAUCAUCAACACGCUCGCAGUGAACUCUGAUGGAGUCCUGGUUUCUGGAGCCGAUAAUGGAACGAUCCACCUCUGGGACUGGCGGACGGGCUACAACUUUCAGAGGAUCCAUGCGGCUGUGCAGCCCGGCUCUCUGGACAGCGAGUCAGGGAUUUUCUCCUGCGUGUUCGAUCACUCCGAGAGCCGCUUGAUCACAGCAGAGGCGGACAAAACUAUUAAAGUUUAUAAGGAGGACGACACUGCGACGGAGGAAUCCCACCCCGUGAACUGGAAGCCAGAGAUCCUCAAGAGGAAACGAUUUUAAACUUUGCAAACAAAAAGAAACUGUAUUUUAUUAUGUUAAUUUCCCCCCUCCUUUUUUUACACCACCUUACCUUGCAGUUUCUUUUCCCCAUAAAUGUCACAGAUCAAUGUUGCUGCAAUUGUUUUUUUUUUUUUUCGUUUGUAUUAUUGGUUUAUCAGUCCGAGCUGGUGAUGCCAAUAGAAAUAAAACCUUCUGUAAAACCUGUUUUACACACUGAUUUGAAUUUGAAACAAAAAGGCUUUCUGACUCUUAACGUUUUGCUUGCAUCAGGCUUCAUAUUUUGUUUGUUUCCUCAAAGAAAGUCAUUAAAGCCCAGUUUGCAGGGAGAUCAAAUAGAAU